ACGAGCGGUCCGAGUGGAAGUGAAGUCCAGACCGACAUGGCCUUGCGUAUGCCAAGGCUUCCACCACCCCUUUCCGGAUAAAACAACGUUUGUCUUCCUACGCUGCGUAGGUUACGUGUGCUCUACUCUUCCUAUAUCUCGAUCCUUCCUUCCACUCUGGUCUCUUUCUAAGAAAAGAAUGAACUUGGCUGCCAAGAUACCUGCACAACUAAAGCGCGUCGGGUUUCCAUCCGACUCAGUUCCGGGCCUCGCCUUACAUAUACGCUACCACAAUCCACGAAACGGCAGCCGAGCAAUCGAGCACAAGGAUGCGCUGACGAACCCGGCCGAUCGACCCCCCGACCAGCGGCGCCCCCGACGCGCGCGCCUCCGUACGUGGCAGAGAUGACGAUGUCCGGGCGGUACGUCGCGGCCACGGGCGCCCUCAUGGCGUGCGGCCACUGCGGCGGCCUCCGACGCGUCAGGAUGGAGGGCGAGUUCGUCUCCUGCGACUCGUGCGGAAAGGUCCUGCAGCAGCGGGGCCGGAAGCAGCGCGCCGUGGAGGUGGAGGCUCGGCGGCGGCGGCGCUGGUUGGGGGGCAGGAAGAGACGGGACGGCCGCGCGGCGGCCGGUGGCGGAGGCAUGGUCGUCGGACGGGAGGCAUCUGAUGCCGAGUCCGACACUGGUUGUGUUUGUUUCGUGGAAUCGUCGUCGUAGUGAUUGCGUCCUCCUCAACUGAUGUUUUAGAGCAGUUUGUGGAUUCUGGGCUAGACAGCGUCACUGAACAAGAUAUCGAUGAUAAUGCUGGGAAAGUUGCAAUUUAUAGCCUGUUUGGCUGAAUUUAAUCCUUGGAGGACAGCCAGACAGGUGGGAGUAGAUUAGCGUGUGAGUUUUGGUGGGUGCACUGCCUACCUAACCUUUCACUUGUUAUAGGCAGGGGCCUCUUGUAAACAUCUUUGCUAUAUUUUUUUUUGACAAAAA